AUGGCUUUGAUUUCAUCAACAUCUUCUUCUUUUACCCGUGGAUGGAAAUAUGAUGUCUUUCUCAGUUAUAGAGGUGAGGACACCCGCUAUAAUUUUACAGAUCAUUUAUAUAAUACUUUGAUGCAAAAAGGCAUAUAUACAUUUAAGGAUGACGAAAAGCUCGAUCGAGGAACAAUCAUUAUGCCAGAGCUCUUGAAAGCAAUAGAAGAAUCAAGGUUUGCUGUUGUUAUUCUCUCAAGAGACUACACUUCUUCGAGGUGGUGCUUGAUUGAACUAACAAAGAUUGUUGAGUGCAUGGAGAAGAGAGGGUUGGUAAUUCUUCCUGUUUUCUACCAUGUGGAUCCUAGUGACGUGCGGAACCAGAGGGGGUCUUUUGCAAAACACCUUUCUAAACAUGAAGAGCGUCUCAACAAUAAUAUAGGAAAUGUGCAAAUGUGGAAAGCUGCUUUGACAAAAGUUGCUAAUCUCGCUGGAUGGGAUUUAAAAAAUAAGCCCGAAUCAGUAGUCAUCCAUAAAAUCACUGAAAGGAUAAUUCGUGAGUUGUAUCGUGAAUUUUCAAGUGUUCGUGAGGACCUUGUUGGAAUGGACUCUUGUGUGGAGGAAAUGUUGGAUUCAUACUUGGGUGAAGGGUUGGAUGGUGUUCGCUUUGUUGGGAUUUGCGGAAUGGGUGGAAUUGGCAAAACAACACUUGCACUAGAAAUUUAUAAAAGAAUUUCUAAUAACUUUGAAGCUUGUAGCUUCAUUGUUAAUGUUAGAGAAGAAACUAAAAAUCAAGGCAUAGUUUCUUUACAAAAACAACUUAUUUCUAAGAUCCUCAUGGAAAGUGAAAUGAAUAUAUGGAAUGUUCAUGAGGGGAUAAAUGUUAUUGGGAAUAGACUACGUGAUAAAAAAGUUUUUAUAGUUCUUGAUGAUGUGGAUGGAAUAGAACAAUUAGAAGCAUUAGCUGGAAAGCAUGAUUGGUUCGGUCUAGGGAGUAGAAUCAUUGUAACAAGUAGAGAUAGACAUUUAUUGAUAAGAUGGGGUGUGAAUGAUAUAUAUACAGCUAAGAGGUUGAAUAAUGAUGAUGCUUUGCAGCUUUUUAGUCGGGGAGCUUUCAAUAGACCUUAUCCUGAAGAAAAUUAUGUGGAUUUGACUCAGGACUUUGUGAACUAUUCCAAAGUCCUUCCAUUAGCUCUUAAAGUUUUAGGUUCUUCAUUGUUUGCUAAAACAACGGAUGAAUGGAAAAGUUCCCUAGAUAAACUAAAAGUAGAACUUGAUAGAAACAUUUUGGAUAUACUUCAAAUAAGUUUUGAUGGGCUAACGGAUACGCAAAAAGAAUUGUUUUUAGAUAUUGCAUGUUUUUUCAAAGGAGAGAACAAAGAUUGCAUAAGAGAUAUACUACAAAGUUUUUGUUAUUUUCCAGAAUAUAAUAUUGGUGUUCUUGUGGACAAAUCUCUUAUAACCAUUGGUGAGCGAGAAACUUUGUGCAUGCAUGAUUUGCUACAAGAAAUGGGUCAAGAAAUUGUUCUUCAUGGAUCCCCUAAAGAGCUUGGUGGACGUAGUAGGUUGUGGAUUUAUGAGGAUGCCCUUCAUGUAUUGAAGAAUAAUACUGGAACAGAGGCAAUUGAAGGCAUAAUGCUAAACACACCUAUUCAGACAGUGGAACACUUGAGUGCUGAAGCCUUCUCAAAGAUGAAAAAAUUGAGAUUGCUAAGAAUUGGUAAUGUGCAACUUCCAAAGGACCUCAUUAGAGGCAAGGUGCAACUUCCACAAGGCCUCAGUUUUAUUUCUAAUGAGUUAUGUGUUAUAGAAUGGCAUGGAUAUCAUUUAAAAUCCAUACCAUCCAAUUUCCAACCAAACAAACUUGUUGAAUUGAGAAUGCCUUGCAGUGGUAUUGAACAACUAUGGAAAGGAAUUAUGGUUUUAAAUGAGUUAAAACUUAUUGACCUGAGUGACUCUCAAAACUUGAUCGAGACCCUGAAUUUUAGUGAAGUCCCUAAUUUGAAGCAAUUGAUUCUUCAACGUUGUACAAGACUAUCUAAGAUUCAUGCUUCUCUUGGAAAUCUCAAAUGGCUUAUUAGAUUGGAUCUGAAUGGUUGCAAAUGUCUUAAAAGCCUUCCACACAAAUUCAACUUGGAAUCUCUAGAAGUUUGCAUUCUUUCUGGUUGUUCAAAACUAAAAAAAUUUCCAGAGAUUAUGGGAAAUAUGUCACAUUUUUCAGAACUUUAUUUGGACAGGACUGCUAUAAAAGAUCUACCAAUUGAGCAUUUAACUGGCCUCAUUAAAUUGGAUCUAAGAGACUGUAAGAAUCUUUCAAAUUUUUCAAAUGCCAGUUGCAAUUUUUUGUCUCUAAAAACUCUCUCUUUAUCUGGCUGCUCAAAAAUUGAUGAAUUACCAGAGAACUUGGGGAAUAUUGAAGGCCUGGAAGAGCUAGAUUGUUGCUGUGAGGUCAACGGACAUCCGAAUGACUCGAGCCUUUUUCUGUCUGAAGAAUUUGGGAAGAUGGAUUCACAUCACCUUUGGCUGAAAUAUUUUCCCUAUAAGAAAUUCGAUGAGCAUUGGAAAAACAAAUUGAGUCAAAUUGAUGCUAAUGAACUUAGUCAGAUUAAGAUUACAUUUGAAAUUGAAGGUCCCGGAUUGGAGGUUACAAAAUGUGGGGUCCGUUUGGUAUACAAACGAGACAUUGAAAAUCUAAACCAAACUAUGCUUGGUUGCAGCAUCACUUCUUAUGAGUAUGAUUUAGAAGAUUCAGCAAAAGAUUCCAAAAUUAAGCGAAGCCGCAAUGACUCUAAGGGGGAUAAGGCCUCUAAUGAUGUAGAGGUACCACACCCAAAGAAAAUACGGCUGAGGCUCCCUAUUCUAAUCGAAAGACUCAUGAUGUGUUUUGCAAAUUGGAUUGGGAAUUUAUGUACACAAGAACAAGGUGAGUCUGAUUGUGAGGAAGAGGAAGAGGAAUCCCAGUGA